AUGGAGGUUGAUUGCUAUUUCAUUGUCAAACCCACUAUUGGGUUAAAUGAGUCCAAGUACAAGUAUGUGGACGACAAAAACAAGCUGGGAAUCUACUGUCAUACCGAUGUGUACCCAUGUAAGGAUUUCAAUGGUCCCAUCUAUGGCUUCUCAUUCACAUCCUUUAAGGAUAUCAUCGACAAAACUGUUCCUGAAAACAAAUCUAUAGAUGUUAUUGGUUUUGUUGCUGAUGUUAAAGACCUUAAGAAGUUUAAGACAGCAAGGGGUAAAGACACCAAGAAACUCAAUGUCAUCAUUCAAGAUCUAGAGAUGGAUUCAAUAUACCUGUCUUUGUGGGAUUCUUAUGCUGAUCGGAUUUUAGAGCACUGGGAAAACAGAGAACAACAUGGUGUUAUUGUUGUCAUUCUGUAGUUUGCUACACUGAAGUACUUUGGUUGUUUUGGUUAUGUUAACAGUUGUUUCAAUGUUUCAAAGCUUUUCAUCAAUUCUGAUGUUGAUGAAAUGACUUCUUUUCGUAACAGGCUUAUUACAAACUCUGCUGCUUCUUAAUGUUCAAGUCAAUCUUCUCGGCUUUCUGGAAUAUUUUUAUCAUUGUAUGAUGA